CUUCACCAAAUAACAGAUCAAAACACAGUGUGUGUCACAAAGAAAGAAACAAAAACUUGAUCAGAGAAGAGAAAAGAGAAAAACAAACAAGAUGUCAGGAAUCAUGCACAAGAUCGAGGAGACCCUCCACAUGGGAGGGAACAAGAAAGAUCAGGAGCACAAGGGAGAGAGCCAUGGCAGCGAUCAGUACAAGCAGGGAGAGCACCACCAACAGCAGCAGCACUACGGUGGUGGUGGUGUUGGUGUUGGUGGAGAGCACCAUGGUAGUGGAGGAGUGUACGGAGGAGAACAUGGCCACGUGCAAGAGCACCACCCAGGUGAGCAGCAGCACAAGGAGGGUCUUGUAGACAAGAUCAAGGAUAAGAUCCACGGCGGCGACGGUGCCGAGGGUGAGAAGAAGAAGAAGAAGGAUAAGAAGAAGGGCGAACAUGGCCACGACCAUGGCCAUGACAGCAGCAGCAGCAGCGACAGUGAUUAGAUCUUCUCCGCCAUUACUGCUUGCUGCACCUUUCUUCUAUGUCAAGGUGCAUGGGGUCAUAGUUGUGACUUGUGAGGGGCUCGGUUUUACACUUUCAUUCU